CGCUGAGGUAGCAUUUCGACAUUUAAGAUGCAAGUAGGUAUCGCACUCGACCCACCUCUGCGUGUAGACGGUAGCUAUCGCCUUGAACAUGACCUUCCACCCUGACUCUCUCCCUGAUCUGAAGGGCAAGGUAUUCAUAGUCACAGGAGGGAAUGCUGGCAUCGGCUACUACACAGUAGCACAUCUUGCCAGACAUGGCGCCCAUGUGUACAUGUGCGCUCGGAACCCGAAAAAGGGCACCGACGCCAUUGCCAGAAUCAAGAAAAUGCAUCCUGAAGCCCAAGUCGACCUCCUUCAGGUUGACCUUAUGGACCUCAGCACCGUCGUCGCGGCUGCAAAGCACUUCCUCACGCUCGAGACAGCGCUGCACGGCCUGGUCAACAACGCAGGCAUCAUGGCAACGCCGUUUGAGAUGACCAAAGACGGCCACGAAGCACAAUGGCAGACCAACUACCUGGCUCACUGGGUGCUUACAGAACACCUACUUCCACUGAUGCUCCAAACCGCCAAAACACUGCCACCGGGAAGCGUGCGUAUCGCCAACCUCAGCUCGUCAGGCCACCUGGGUGCACCCAAGGGCGGCAUCAACUUUGACGACACAGCCAACAAGGACGGUAGCGUAUGGGCCCGCUACGGCCAGAGCAAACUAGCCAACAUCCUCCAAACCAAAACUCUACAUGCCAAGUACGGGCCUGGCUCCCCCAGCGCCCGCAACAACGCCGCCGAAAUCUGGUCAUCAUGCAUUCAUCCAGGCCUCGUGGAGACAAAUCUCGCCGAUGGAGUCAGUUCCUCAGGCUUUGCCAUGCCGAUUAUUUUGUCCGUCUUGCGCAUGAUGGGUCUAAUGUAUUCCCCCGACAAGGGCUCCUACACGAGUUUGUUCUGUGUAGCGAGUCAAGAAAUGAAGGCCGCGGAGAGUGGGGGCUACAUGGAGAUUUUCAAACGUUGCGGGGAGCCAGGGUGGGUGAGUGGUCCGGCCAAGGAUGCGGAACUUGCGGAAAGGCUAGAUGCAUGGACUAGAGAGAUCAUGGGGAAAGAAGGGUGGGUUGGGUAGUACGUAUACUUAUUCUAUUCUUUCUUGUUCUGUAUCCAGUAUGCUUUAUGCUCAUCCGCCUUGAUAGACCCUUUAAUACACGAACUGUUUCAUCAACCUCGACAGAAAUUCAGAACUUGUUGUUCCAUCAAUUAGCAGCUUUAGACCUAGCCAAGUGAACAGUUCUGACAUGUGCGUGCGAGACAGAACGAACAGACCUUGUGGCAUGGGAAGUGCAUGUGGAUUGUAACAAUAGUGGGAGAUACUCUAGAUAAAGAGUUAGGUCUUGAUACGCAUGUCUGUUUUUACGAAACAUGGAUACACGGUCUUAAUCGACCAUGGACUAAGG